AGUAUUGCGUCGUCUGUCGUCGCGAUGCCGUCAUGUUUUCAAAAUUUCUUUCGGACGUCGGCCUCGUGCGUAAAUGACAAACCAAAUUUUAACAUAUUAAUUAUCAUUAAUAAUAAUUUUAUAUAAUGGAAAGACUGUCGUUGAUAUUUUUUGAGAAAAUUAUUUGAAUCCGCGUGGUUGUCAUAAUAUGUUGUUGAUUACUGUUUGAAAAAUUUUGAGUUUUAUUUUGCGGUGUUGGAAAUUUGUUGUUUUUCUUUCAGUCAACAUGGCUUCGGCUAGCGAUGCUGCUAGAGAUGGAAGGAUGACACAAAAAACGAGUGUUUGCUCUUCACCUCAUCGUCAGAACAGAUACUCAUCUGAAGGUGCAGACGAAUCAGGAUUUGCCGGUACUCUACAAAGAACUCCACCUCCUGUUCCUCCGGCACUUAUUCGAAGAAUCGGUGUGAGAGAGGUCACUGGUCUUGGAAAGGUGAAAGUGAUGUUGAGGGUUUCGAAUCCCACGUCUUUGGGCCCAGGUGUCGACAGUGGCAGUUUCAACGGAUUUUUCAGCAUAGAUAAGCGAAAAAAGCAAGUAACUCUAACAGAUCCUUCCCUUUGUAAUGGGUCAGUUGCCCCUGAGGAUAGAAGGGUGGGAGUUGCCGCCCCUAAAAUGUUCGCAUUCGAUGCUAUCUUCUCUCAGGAUGAUUCUCAGACAGAAAUAUGUUCGAGUGCCCUCACGGACGUGGUGCACGCGGUCAUCAAUGGCACAGAUGGAUGUCUUUUUUGUUUCGGACAGGCAGGUCUUGGAAAAUCUUAUACUAUGAUAGGAAGUCCGGAGAACGCCAAUACACCUGGAAUCAUACCUUGUGCAAUAUCUUGGCUCUUCAAAGGAAUUAACGAACAAAGACAGAAGACCGGUGCUAGAUUUUCAGUUAGAGUAUCAGCAGUGGAGAUAUGUGGUCCGACGAAUCAGCUCAAAGAUCUUUUAGCAGGUUAUGCGAAUGAUUCCGAACAAUCGCCGGGAAUGUAUCUUAGAGAUGAUCAUCUAUUUGGUAACCAACCACCCCACUGCGAAUUACGUGUACCAAGUGCAGAAAGAGCAGCUCAUUAUUUAGAUGCUGCGAUUGAUUGUAGAUCUUGUCACAGAGAAGAUUCCAGAGACUCACAUUUUUUAUUUACUCUACAUGUCUAUCAAUACAGCGUCGCUGGAAAAGGAGGAGUUGCAGGAGGUAGAAGCCGUUUACAUCUCAUAGACUUAGGUAACUCAGACCGGGGAAAAUCUAGUGGCGGAAUCUCGUUAUCAGGAGUUGGUAAUAUUAUUCUUGCUAUAUUCAAUAGUCAAAAACAUCUUCCGUACAAAGAGCACAAAUUAACACGUUUGUUAAAAGAAUGUCUUGGUUCUGUAACUUGUCAUGCUACAAUGAUAGCUCACGUAUCACCUUUAGCUAGUAACUACUUGGAUACACUCACAACGGUACAGUUGGCUUCCAGGAUACACAGGAUGAGGCGAAAAAGGAUCAAGUUUGUCUCUACCGCUACUGGAAAUGGAUCAGGAGGUAGCUCUGGUGAAGAUGGUUCCAAAACAGCAGGUACUAGUAGUGAACCGGAUCCAUCAAGUAGUGAUUUAUCCGCUGAUACUGUUAUAUACGUUGGUAGAGCCGACGAUGCAACAGAUGGAGAACAUCCGCCCGUGUACAUACCAAGCCUCAACUCAGGUGACAAUCGAUGCUCGAUGAGUAAAGCUUUAAGAGGUUCUAUAGCCGAACAGAAGCCUCAGUCUUCAAAGUUGAUCAAAUCUAAAGACAAAGUUAUCCAAUCAAGAAACAUAUCAAGAAAUAAUUCGAAUUAUAAAAGUUCCCCAAGUCAUAACUGUUCCACGAAAUUUUCGCCAAGUCGAAAAGAUGCUGCGAAAGUUAGAACGGAUUCGCCUAUGUAUUCCAAAAAUGAGUGUAGUGAUGAACAAUGGAUAGACGGACCCCGAGUAUCCAAAUCAAAGGUGGUCGAAGCUUUUCAUCUUAUGAAAGAAAAAUAUCACAUACGUAAAUGUGAAACGUGGAUAGAUGGUCCCAUGAAAGAAGAUGGCAACUCUUCAUAUGGAUAUAUGGACAGUCACAAGAAAAACAUGAUAAGAAAGUGGGUGGAGCAUCAAACGAUUCAAAUACAAAAAUCAAGACAUGUUAUUCCGAGGGCGUCACACGUAAAAUUGAAGGAAUCCGUGAAAGAAUUAACGCAGUUCAAAUCUAGUGAACACACUAAUGGAGUAGAUGAGGACAUGAAAUCAAUUAAACUAGAUAAUUUGAAGCAAAUCGAUACGCAAGAAAUCCAAAAAAGUCCUAGUAAACCCCCUUCUAUUGAAGAAGAUGGUGAAGAUGAAGAUGAACCAAAACUACCUCCAGCUCUUCCACUCAUACAACCCUUAAGUAGUCGAGAAGUAUCCCUCGAAAGUCUAGAUCAAAUUCUGAAAGAUAGAAUGAUAUCCAAUGCAGAAUAUAAUAGUUAUCAGAAGCUUGCUUAUGAAGAAGCGAACGGUCAAGAAGAAAUAUUAGAAAUAAUUGAAGUGGAGGAACCGUUGGAACCAGUACCGACUCAAGAUAGUUGUCUUCAAGUAACCGAAGAAGAUAUUGCUUUGUGUAUGGGGUAUAUGGAAAAUCCAUUGCCGGAAGAUGAUCAGGAGAGUCCCUUUGAUCACCCCCUUAGGAUUCUUAGCCAAGAAAAUUUAACUGCAAUAUCAAAUUUGACGGACUCCAUGUCGGCUUUUAGUGAUCUUGAACGGAUAUUACCUAGGUAUCAUUUAGAUACGAACGGAUAUUUCAAUGACUAUGAGGAUGUUGAUAAUCCUAGUUCAUACACCAUUGAAGAACCUUCAAAUAAAAAAUUGAAUCAACUAACACGUCUUCAUGAACUUUAUAGCAACGAACUUUCAAAAGCGAGAGUAGGUCAUCUAGAUUCUUCCAGAUAUAGUACAAAUGACAAGUUUCUUACUAGAUGUGAAUCUUUGACACUUGCAGAUAUGUUAUUUGGUAGUGAAAAGGAAAGGAAUGACGAUGGAAGCAUAUACAGCGAACCUGUUUACGUGCAGAAAAAAUUUUGCGAAAACUGCAAAAUAAAUAUGUGCGGACAAACAGCGUCUCAGAAUUGGCACAUGGAUGGAUCGUUUUUUAGUAGUACUCAGAAUAUUUACGAGAAGAGUCAAUUGGAUUCUGGAGGAGGAUUCCAAAAGUACAACCACAAUCAUCAAGAUAAUCUGUCCAAUUUGCGCCAUCCAGACGGAGCUUCAAAUCCUAAUUUGAAAGAAGAAUUAAUAUCCUCAAGAUUACCCGGAAAUGGGACGUCCUGUAGUAUUGCUACUGAUUUUAUCACGUCUCAAUCUUCACCUCCACCUAACAGUCUUCCUUCAGUAGAGAGAUUGAAUCGUGCCAUCUUGAAUCUAGAAACUGGAAUAGCCGCUAUCAAACUAAGUCGAAAUCAAGGAGAUGGAGGUCAAAAACUUGAGGAGUAUGACAGCGGACACGACUCCACGCCAAGAACAUCCAAACAUAGUCCAGCCGCUAUAUCCAGAAGAGCUGAAAGUGGAUACGACAGUAUAGUCCGCGACUCGGAAAGCUCCAGUAUAGAUUCAGAUCAAAGUAGAAUUAUCCAUAAUAGACGUGGUAAAUGCAAACAUAAACAUGACAAAUCAUUUUGUUCGUGGUUUCUGAAUCCGUUCACUUGUAAACAUUUUGAUGAACCACCAGAAACUCAUUUUUAGAUUCUAUUUUUCUACAAAUACCGACUUUGGUACUGAAUGAUUCCAUUUUAU